GCUUGUGGGGAAGCGCAGGAGGCGGGGCUUUGCGUGAGUCACUGCCGGGCUCGGCGUGAGUCGCUGCGGGGCUGACGGGGCGGCAGUGGGGCGGGUUACGGCCUGGUCAGGCCAUGAUGACUUCAGCAAAUAAAGCAAUCGAAUUACAACUACAAGUGAAACAAAAUGCAGAAGAAUUACAAGACUUUAUGAGGGAUUUAGAAAACUGGGAAAAAGACAUUAAACAAAAGGAUAUGGAACUAAGAAGACAGAAUGGUGUUCCUGAAGAGAAUUUACCUCCUAUUCGAAAUGGGAAUUUUAGGAAAAAGAAGAAAGGCAAAGCUAAACAGUCUUCCAAAAAAACCAAAGAGGAAAACACAAAAAACAGGAUAAAAUCUUAUGAUUAUGAGGCAUGGGCAAAACUUGAUGUGGACAGUAUCCUUGAUGAGCUUGACAAAGACGAUAGUACCCAUGAGUCUCUGUCUCAAGAAUCAGAGUCGGAAGAAGAUGGGAUUCAUGUAGAUUCACAAAAGGCUCUUGUUUUAAAAGAAAAGGGCAAUAAAUACUUCAAACAAGGAAAAUAUGAUGAAGCAAUCGACUGCUACACGAAAGGCAUGGAUGCUGAUCCAUAUAAUCCCGUGUUGCCAACGAACAGAGCGUCAGCGUAUUUUAGACUGAAAAAAUUUGCUGUUGCUGAGUCUGAUUGUAAUUUAGCAAUUGCCUUGAAUAGAAGUUAUGCAAAGGCUUAUUCCAGACGAGGUGCUGCUCGAUUUGCUUUGCAAAAAUUAGAGGAGGCCAAAAAAGAUUAUGAAAGAGUAUUAGAACUGGAACCAAAUAACUUUGAAGCAACAAAUGAACUCAGGAAAAUCAGUCAGGCUUUAGCAUCCAAAGGAAACUCAUAUCCAAAGGAAGCUGACAUAGUGAUUAAGUCAACAGAAGGAGAGCGAAAUCUAAUUGAAGCACAACAGAAUAAGCAGCAGGCCAUUUCAGAGAAAGAUCGGGGGAAUGGAUUUUUCAAAGAGGGGAAAUAUGAAAGAGCAAUUGAAUGCUAUACUCGAGGGAUAGCAGCAGAUGGUGCUAAUGCCCUUCUUCCAGCUAACAGAGCUAUGGCCUAUCUGAAGAUUCAGAAAUAUGAAGAAGCUGAAAAAGACUGCACACAAGCCAUUUUAUUAGAUGGCUCAUAUUCUAAAGCUUUUGCCAGAAGAGGAACUGCAAGAACAUUUUUGGGAAAGCUAAAUGAGGCAAAACAAGAUUUUGAAACUGUUUUACUUCUGGAACCUGGAAAUAAGCAAGCAGUAACUGAACUCUCCAAAAUUAAAAAGGAAUUAAUUGAGAAAGGACACUGGGAUGAUGUCUUUCUUGAUUCCACACAAAGACAAAAUGUGGUAAAACCCAUUGAUAACCCACCGCAUCCUGGAUCAACUAAACCACUCAAGAAGGUUAUUAUUGAAGAAACUGGUAAUUUGAUCCAGACUAUUGAUGUGCCAGAUAGCACUACUGCUGCUGCUCCAGAGAAUAAUCCUAUUAAUCUAGCAAAUGUAAUAGCUGCCACAGGCACCACAAGUAAGAAGAAUUCAAGCCAAGAUGACCUUUUUCCCACAAGUGAUACUCCAAGAGCAAAAGUAUUGAAAAUAGAAGAAGUCAGUGAUACUUCAUCCCUGCAACCUCAAGCCAGUUUGAAGCAGGAUGUAUGUCAGUCUUACAGUGAGAAAAUGCCUAUAGAGAUAGAACAAAAACCUGCUCAGUUUGCCACAACUGUUCUUCCUCCAAUUCCUGCAAACUCAUUCCAGCUCGAAUCUGAUUUCAGACAAUUAAAAAGUUCUCCAGAUAUGUUGUAUCAGUAUUUAAAGCAAAUUGAACCAUCUUUGUAUCCUAAGUUGUUUCAGAAAAAUCUGGAUCCAGAUGUAUUCAACCAGAUCGUUAAAAUUCUCCAUGACUUUUACAUUGAGAAAGAAAAGCCAUCACUCAUCUUUGAAAUCUUACAAAGACUUUCUGAACUAAAAAGGUUUGAUAUGGCAGUGAUGUUUAUGUCAGAAACAGAGAAAAAGAUUGCACAUGCAUUAUUUAAUCACAUAGACAAGUCAGGAUUGAAGGAUAAUUCUGUUGAAGAACUCAAGAAAAGAUACGGUGGUUAAUUUCCAUUUUUGCUGAAAUAAUUGUUUUCGACUUUCAUAUGUAAAUUUUUUCUACUGAAAGUGUUUUGCUUCUUAAGAAAAUGAAAUUAUAUAGCAGGAAAGGACUAUCUUUGAACGUAAGUUAAUUAACUAUAAGGUGAAUUGUGAUUUAACUAGUGAGAAUGGUAUUCAAGUGAAUUCUUAAGUGUUUUUCUGAAAAUAAAAAUAUAAACAAUGAGAUAUGUUUGUAAGGAUCAGCAUUUUAUUUUAUGAGUCAUUUUAAAUGUUAAAUUUAGAUACAUUCUUCAGUGACCCAUAAAUGUAACAUUAGUUUUAUAUUUUCAUGAGUUUUUGUAACUAACCACUUGCCAAAGCUGCUUCAUUAGCAUAUGAAUAAUUACCUUUGUAAAGAGGAAGUUAGAUAGUGAGAUCCUUUCUUUAUCAAACUUUUAAAUGUUAUUGUGCCAGUUCACUAACAUGAAGUUAUUUAGUUGCAGGGUAUGUAUUUUUAGUAUUUAUGUUGAAAGAAAGAAGACUUUUAACUAGACUUUCAAACUAGGUUAAUUGAAGUAGCACAGUAUUCUUACAUUUUAAUGCCAUAGGGUUUUUUCCCUUAUGAUAUCCAUGUUACAUAGCAGUUAAGGACAGAUAAUCUAAUGCAAGGUGUAACAAUGUAAAAAUUAGUAAUGUUUAAAGUACUAAUUAGCAUAUAGCCCAUAUGUUUGUGUUGGAUGUGAGUGUAGCGUUUGUAAGCUUUUGAAAGUAGGGCUAGAACUCUGCCCAUCCCUGUACUCUGCAUAGUACCUAGUACAAACCUUUGCACAUAGUUAGGUGCUCAACUGAUACAAAAUUUAAUUGAAUUUGACGCAAGAAUCAUAUUAAGUAAAUGUUUAAAGUAGCAGCAGCAAAUUUGGGGCAUGGUGUAAACACUGGUAAAACCAGUUAAUUUUAGAGACUAUCAAGUUGUAAAAAAAUAUUAGAAUACCAUCCUAUAAUUGUUAUCAGCAUCAAUAAGACAGUUCAGUUUACAAUUUUAUACAAUAUUGUGGUUAAUUUUUAUUGCCAUUAGACAUAUUACUAUUCUUAUGAAUUGUUUGAGAAGUAACCAUAAUUUAUUUACAGAGAUAAUUUCUUCAGGUUGUGGUAUAAAUUAUUGAGAUAUGUUUGUUAUUUGGAUAGUUUGAAUGCUUUACAAUACACUUAAGAUAGAGUUUAUUAACUUUGUUUAUUGCUAAAUGUAUUAUGAUAUAUAAACAGGCAAUGGAAUUUAGCUUUUUAUCUGCUAUGAUCUGAAUGUUUAUAUCCCCCACAAAUUCAUAUGUUGAAAUCCUAACCCUGAAGGCGAUGGUCUUCGGAGGUGGGGCCUUUGGGAAGUGAUUAGGUCAGGAGGGCAGGCCCUUGUAAAAGAGGCCCCAGAGAGCUUGUUCACCAGUUCCACCACGUAAGGACACAUAAGAAGGCACCAUCUACGAACAAGAAGGUGGGCCUUCACCAGACACCAGAGACCAGAAUCUACUGGCAUCUUCAUCUUGGACUCCCCAGCCUCCAGAACUGUAAGAAAUAAAUUUCUGUUUUUAUUAAUGUAA